AUGUACAGGCUCACAUUUGUCUUUGUUAUCGCGGCAGUCGCGUGUCAGCAACAAGAGGGUGCGAAACGCGUGCCCAAAUACGCUGGUGACCCAAGAACGGCGGCCAUAGUCCAAGAGGCCCGGUAUCUUAGCGGAAACGGAGCUUUCGGUGCUGCGUACCAACAGGAAGAUGGAAUCAACUUCAAAGAGGAAACCGACGCGGACGGUAACCGCAGAGGCAGCUACUCCUACAUAGACCCCACCGGACAAAAGAAGACAGUGAACUACAUCGCUGGAAAGAACGGUUUUCAAGCCAUCGGUGACCAUAUCCCAACAGCUCCAUUAGGCGCUGCCCCUACCCCUGGAUACACCCCAGACCCUCAAUACCAGGCACCAGAAUACCAGUCAAAUCAGUACAGUGCACCUCGCCAGUACUCCGCUCCCCAGCAGUACACAGCACCCAGAAAUUACAAUGCGCAACCCAGCGUAGAUGAUGGACAGUACCACCCUGAGUUAUACGAACAGGAGAGCAACUCUGCUCCUCAACAGCAGUAUCAGGCGCAACAGUACCAAGCUCAGCCACAAUAUCAGCCCCAAGCACAAAGUCAGUUCCCAGUGAACAACAUAUACCCUGGUACGCAACAAGCGCAGUACAGUGGUAUCCAGUCACAGCAAUACAACGCACCCCAAGCCAGGGAGCAAUACUACGAGCCCACGACACCUCCCCCAGCGAGAUUCUUCCCCCCCGGAAAGUUCAGCUUGAACAGAGCACCUGACGGCUACACUUAUUCAUUCCACAAAGUUUAA